UAUAUAAUAAUCAUAAAGUUUACUUUGAAUAUGCUCGAUUGAGAUUGAAUGAAUUUAAUUAAUCUCGAAUUACAAAUAUAUCUAAUAUGAUAAGUAUAAUAGAUAUAAUAGUAAAAAUUUAAUGAGGCCUAUGAGCUUCACGAGCUCAAAUUUAGUUCGAGCGAGUAGUUCGAGUUUAAGCUCGAGUAGAUUAAAAAUAAGUCGAUUUCAAAAAUUUCCGAAUCAAUUUAGAAUGGCACCCGAGUUUGCUCAGCUCAUUCACAGCCCUUAUUUUACUUGUGCAACUUAAACAACUUUCCCUUUUACCACUAGACUAAGUUGCCAACUCACUCUCUAAAUUUCUGCUAAUGCACACACCUUCAAUGCACAAUUCACAAUUAGAAAAUUAAUUCCUUAUAUAAAAAAAAAAAGAAAAAAAAAACUAUUAACACUUCCUAAAACUUACUAUAGAGUAUGAUAAAUAAAAGCAAAAUGAGAAACUAGCCACCGAUUAUAAGUUCAUGGGAAAAAGAAAAUACAAAAAUAUAAAUAGGUCAGUGCUGGACGACCAUUAGUAGUGCUUCUUCCAUAAUGUUUUUGAAUUUAAUAUUUAGAAGCAUUCAGAAAAUUCCAAAAUUCAGAAAUUUGUCUACUACAGUUCAUCACUUUACAAGACUUAGCGUCCGUCAUCUUCCACACUUUUAAAUGCUGCCCUUCUCUUCACUUCUCCCCCUCAUCAAGCUUAUAGCUCUUCAUUUGCUGCUACUCCACGCACAAACAAAAACACAAAAAUAACCACAAAGAAAAGACUGAAAGAGAGAGAAAUCCAUACCUUGAUCAGAUCAUUCAGUUGGUAGAGAUGGCAAUGAACUUCUUGUCAUAUGAACAUGCAGAUGAUGACUACAUUGACAUGGAAGUCAGCUCAUAUUCCAACUUUCUCUGCCAUUCCAAAACCUCUCCUCCACAACCAAGAGAGUUCGAGUUCCAAAUGUCUACAAUUUCUCUAGAAAAAGAGACCACAACUUCCCCUGCUGAUGAGCUUUUCUACAAAGGGAAACUCCUUCCGCUUCACCUUCCUCCUCGUUUGCAAAUGGUGGAAAAGCUCCUACAACACUCUAAUUCUGUCUACGACACCAGAAAAGAUACCUUUGAAGAAUUCUAUAGCACCCCUUUAAUGACAACUGCAAACACACCGACUACAACUAGUACCCCAUUUGAAUCCUGCAACAUUUCUCCUUCCGAGUCUUGCCAGGUUAGCAGGGAGCUAAAUCCAGAAGAGUACUUCUUUGAGUACUCGAAUGAAGCAAGUGGUUUUAUUGGCGAAAAUUCGAAGAAGUCCUGGACCAAAAAGCUUAAGCUAAUCAAGCAGUCCUCAAUUGGUUCAAGGCUGAAAGCUUCCAGGGUUUAUCUCAAGUCUUUGUUUGGUAAGUCUGGCUGCUCAGAUGAUUCUUGUACUGCAGCAGCAAAAGUUGCAGAUGAAGGAACUAUUUCAAGAGCCAAAGAGUCUUUAAACAAAUGUGAGAAGGCAACAAAGAAACUCCCUUUUGGACAAAUUCAGAAGGAAAGAAACCAAAUGCCAACAACUUCCCUCCGCAAUGUUAACAGACCAAAGAUCAAUGAGGAUGGCAAUAGUCGCCUUCACAGAAGAUCAUUCUCAAUGGCUAUCAAGCGUCAUUCAACAACAACCAAGUCAUCAUCAUCUUCAUCAUUAUCAUCUGGUUCUUCUUCAUCUAGCUCAGCUAAUACAAACGGAUUCUACGGGCUGCCAUUUCUAAAGAGAAGCAAUAGUGUAACUUCAGAAGUUGAGAAUCCAAUUCAAGGAGCAAUAGCACAUUGCAAGCAGUCUCAGCAGCUGUUCUGCCCCAGAAAGACAGCAACUGAAGUUGGGUUUUACUCAUUGUCAGCUGCCAAAGUAGCAAUUCGUGAAGAGCAAGAAAGACCUGAACUUUGCAGAGGCUGAACCUUGCUGAAAAUUUCAAAAAGAAAAGAAAAGAAAAAAGAGCAUAUAUUUAGUUUAAUUCCUGAUUAUGUUUCUUUCCUCUUCUUUCAUUAAUUCGAUUUUGUGCAUCAUUUUGCUCAGGUCAAAAAUUAUUACUGCUAAUGCCUUUCUUUUAACUGUUAGAUCAAAAGUAUCCUGUGGAAGUUUCUUAGAAUGCCCUAUAACUAUUUCUCUUUGUUAAAUUAAAUGAGGUAUACCAAGUACUAAACUAUCAGUGAGUAUGCUACUGUUUGAAAAGAAAUUCUAAGAGUUCAAAUUA